CGUGAGUUGCAUUCAUAUAUCGAUGAGGAUCAUGAUCACUCAUCGCGGAUAUGUACUCAUCAGCACUUGCAUGCAUCCGAUUCGCUACCUUCGUUGCACCUCUGCCCGAACCGGCCUCUCUUUGUCUGUGCACGAUGUGGCUUUUCCAAUACGCUCAUUCCUAUGUGUCUCUGGUGUGCAUGGAGUUCCGCGGCGGCAAAGAAAGAGUUCGAGGAGAGGUUGCCAAGACCGCGAAGAAUAACUGCACCAUCAAAGAGGGUCUCGGCUGAUUCCACAAUUUCGAGCGCUGGGCCUGUGACUCCUCAAGGUGACCUCAUGUUCUGUAUAGAAAGCCUUCAGGUACCCGGAAUUACGGCAGUAUUGGACUCGUGUGACAGCGAGCUCGCAUGUUCACGCAAGCCUGAUGUCGUGCGGAUAGGCGUGGAUGAUAUUCACAACGAUGAAGUCGAUUCCCAGGGAGAUGGCGGCGACGUGCUUCACGACGUCACCACAGCAACACCGAUUUUGCCAUUGUGCCGUUCGACGGCUCCCGCCAGCGUGAAGCAGAAGCUUCUGGGUGGGCUAUACAAACACGAAACUGUGAAGAAACAGUCGAUACGGCAUCGUCGAAAACUACCCGCUCUUUUUCUUGCAACGUCAUCAUCUGCGCAUGCGCGCAGUACACUUCACGACAAAUCACUCAUGAUACAAGGAACGACUUCACACUCGAAUAGUAGUUCCGUUUUAAUCGAUGCAGCUCACGCCGCUGGCGGCGAUGUAUACCCCGAUUGUGUCUCUCACGCUCGCGCUCUUUCCUCCGCCAUAUCAUUGUCAGAAUCUUCCCCGAAGCUACGGAGGAAGAAAGGCGUGCCAUCACUCAAACGCAUGUCCUCACUCUCAUGUCGGUCGAGAUCACAGCAGUCUUCCCCCGCAUUUGAUGAUCGUGCUGAAUCACGCGCGUCACAUACAAUGCAUGUAGCACCAGCACCUUCUCCUGCGCCGAGCGCGGAAAUUCCCGUCCGAAUCGGCCACCCUAGCCGGCCAUAUUAUACUGUCAUUCGGAAAAACAUGUCUCGACCUAGUACUCCUGGGCUUCCCAGCUCCCUCCCUCGCACGCCCUCCCCCAUCCCAUCUGAUUACGAUUAUGCACCACGCGGCACGAGAUCUCUUGACUGUGGGGAGCGUGUACCAGUGCAGUUCGGCCGAGAUUCACGGCCUAUGUCGAUGAUUCUCCCUGGACAAGCGAUACCUGUGAACGUGUACUCUGGGUUCUCAUUAAGCGGCGAGACGGAGAUGCGGAUGAACUUAGCGAGGUGGCGAAAGGAAGAUGGACCUGAUGAGCCAGGGGACUACCUAUUCAAGGAGACAGGACACCGCGGAAAAGGGAUAAAAGGUAGAGUGAGGAAGCUCGGGAAGGGCUUGCGAGAUCUAGUGCUCGGCCGAUCAUGAUGUAUGUACGAACAGCUGUAAGAACAGAUCAUGUCACGAUAUAUGUACCCAUCCUGCACACCACAGCGGCACGUGGUCGUUUUUAUUUAUUCAUGUGACACCACGUCACGAAUAUAAUUGAAACCAUC